UGUGAUGUAUUUUAUAUACUUAAGUUUUAUAAUUGUAUGUCUGUUUAAUUUUGCUUACUGUUAAAUUAACAGUAUAUGUAUGAUAAACAGCCAACAGUACGCUGCUGUUUGGUAUAAAAGCUGUGAUUCGGUGUUUCACCUGCAGGGGGCAGUCAAACAAACGUAACUCUUUCUUUUCUCCCUUGUUUUCAUUCUCUCUGUUCUUAGUCCGUAGUUGUUUCCUGUUUCUCCAGCUGCCUGCAGAGCAUCAGUUUCCUCCAGCUACGAUGGCUCAGGCCCCUCUCGGUGUAGACCCAGUCCAGUUCAGCUGCUCCAUCUGUCUGGAGCUCCUCAAAGAUCCAGUCACUAUCCCGUGCGGCCACAGCUACUGCAUGCGCUGCCUGACUGACUACUGGGACCGCCAGCCGGUCUGCAGUUGUCCUCAGUGCAGAGCCACCUUCAGUCCCAGACCCGCCCUGGGCAGGAACAACCUGCUGGUGGAGAUGCUGCAGAGUCUCAGUGUCAAUAAGGGCCCCUCAGCUCCUCCUCUGUAUGAUGAGGGUGGCUUUGCGGGGGACAGAGGCUUUGUGCACGCCACCUUUGACGUGUCUACAGUUCAUCCUGAGAGGACUCAUGGAGAGAGGCUUCUGGGGGAAACACGAAGACGUCUCACACAGCAAAUCAAAGACAGGGAGCUGGAACAUCAGCUGCUGAAACAAACUCUUCAGUCCUUUUCUCGUCUGGCCAAAGCGGCGGUGAAGGACAGCAGCAGGAUCUUCUCAGAGCUGCUGGAGUUUGUGGAGCGGCGUCGUGUCGAGAUGAAGGAGCUCAUCAGAGCUCAGGAAAAGGCUGAAGUGACUCGAGCUGAGAACCAGCUGCAUCGUCUGGAGCAGCAGAUCUCAGAUCUGAGGAGGAGAGAUGUCGAGCUGGAGAGGCUUUCACACAGCCAGGACCAACACCUGAUCACACAGAUGUGUCAGUCUUACUGCAGUCCAGUCCCUACAGGAGGAAGCAGCUCUCUAACGGUCAGUCCACAUGUUUCCUUCGGGCCUGUGAGGAGAGCCGUCUCAGACCUGAAAGAGCAACUACAGACUCUGUAUCUCAGAGAAUUCCCAAGUGUCACCUCUGCAGUGAAAACUGUGAGCAUCCUGCAGAUGGAGAAGGCCAACAAAGUGAAGCCUGUUGGUUCUGCACACGUCCCUGCUUUGGACAACAGGAAUGAUCUCCUUCAGUACUUCAGUCCGCUGUCUCUGGACCCUUUCACCGCUCACAGGGAGCUUUCUCUGACUGAGGGGAACCGUGUGGUCAGUCGAACCGGAGAGUAUCACACCUACCCAGACCACCCUGAUCGCUUUGACACCUGGGGCCAAGUCCUGUGCCGUGAGGGACUGCAGGGCCGCAGCUACUGGGAGGCCGAGUGGGACGGACAACAGGUGGAACUGGGGCUCACCUACGAGAGCAUCAGAAGAAAGGGAUCAUCCAAUGACUGCAGGCUGGGACACAACUCCCUCUCGUGGAGUCUUCGCUGCAGCCCCUCCUCCUUCACCUUCUGCCAUGGAAGUGAGGCGCAGCCGGUGGCGGUUGUCUCCGGCUCGGCUUCCCGCAAGAUUGGGGUGUUUCUGGACCACGAUGUGGGGCUGCUCUGCUUCUACAUGGUGACGCCCAAAGGAGUCCACCUCCUGCACAUGGUGAAGAGCUGCUUCACCCAGCCGCUGUACCCGGCAGUGUGGCUCGGAGCCAAAUCCACCAUCACCUUCUGCGCCGUGGACUGAUGGGAGCACAGGCUUCAAGACAUCAACACUCUGUGUGGUCAGUUAUGCUUUCUUCAGCUUUUAAUGUUAUACAUAUCGACACCCUCUUAAAAUAAUGGCCUAAGUCAUUUUUUCAGGUUUUUCAGGAAACACAAAAAACUCAACAAAAGAGUCACACUUUUGACAUAGGCCAUUAUACAACCGGGGGUAGAAUUGCAUGUUCCCCUCAACUGAGGAUUCAGGCGAUUUUACCAGAGGUGGCCAGCAUCAUGAGGGGGUGAUUUAGGCAAAAAAAACAUUUUUGUCAAAACAUGACUUAGGCCAUUAUUUUAGGAAGGUGACGAUAUUAUAUGUUAAACUGACUCAGGUACUGACUAGAGCCCAACUGAUUUAUCAGCUGCCUAUGAAAUCCUUAUUGGUAAAAUGACCAAAUAAUACACUUGCACAGAAAUUCAUGUUCUGAAAUGGCCUUUUCAAUAUCUCUCAUGUAGCUUGAAUCAUAUAGAUAGAAAUAAGAGAGGGCAGGUAAAAGAAUAGAUGCAUACAGAUGAAAUUCAAAUGGAUGUAUAUUUUCAAAAUCCAUUUAAUGUAAAUACUGCAGGCUUGUCCGCACUACAUUUAAUCUACAUAAAACUUGUUUAUUGUAGUUCUCCUUUUAGUUAUUUCUACUUUAAUAUAUUUUUGUUGUAUUAUAUGUUUAUAGUAAAAAGAAAAAACCCCAAGAUUAAAUAUUGGUUUAUUUUGGACAAUAUUUGUUAAUCAGUUAGGCUCUAUUAUUAAAAAACUAUAUAUGCUGUAUAUGAAUAUUAUAACUGUAUAACACUGUCACCAUGUAAUACUUGAUACCUCAUUGACUGCGCUGCCCUUUAACUGGGAUCAGAGACGUGUUUUCCUGUGAAGCAAAACAAACAGCUGAGUUUGUCUAUGACUCAUGAGGCCUCACUAACAGGAUUUCAACUAGUUUGACAACAUUUAUUCUCUGACACUAUUUGGCAUCAGUUAUCUGGGCUAACUGAACCUAACAUUGGCCGUCCUGAAUAACCUGUACUACAAAGCUGGCUCAGUUAACCCUGGGUUUGCCUUUCCAGUUACGAGCGUGUUCAUGUGAAAAAGGCGGAGUUGUUAAUUAUAAGCAACAUUGUCUGAACCAUGAAUGAAGUUAAUAUGAGAAGAAACGCUGAUACUUGCCGUUAAGUUUGGUUAUAACCAUGUUCAAAAGUGAUAGUCAACAAGGUGAGAUGUAAACAAUAUGAGCACAUAAAUAUUUCCAUGUCUACUGCUCCAGAGAGGAGAGAAAGAAAAGAGACGUAGUUGAUGUCAGAUGAGUCAGACUGACUGAAAUGUUCAUUUAUAACAUUUUUAUUGUAAAUUGAAUUGUUCUAAUUUAGUUGAGUUUUUAUUUCCAGUUGUGGUCAGUUUAACACUGGUCACACUGCUCCGGUGCAGGUUAACUUCAGAGUUCAGCAUAAGUUCCCAUGGUGAUUUACCCCGGUAGCAAGUGAACCACCGUCGUAGGACUGAAAACCCAGAGUUAAACCUGAAGUUACCUCGAAUCCUGCUUCGUA